ACUCUUUGAUUUAUAACAAGAAGACCUUUUCUCAACUCAACUCUGCAACAUAAAUUACGUAAAUACCAUACUUCCAUGCAAGAAGACAUAUUACACAAAAUGCUAACCAUUCACCCAUCAAGAUACAUCUUUCAGCAUUGCCAAAGGGAAGAAGAUGGGAUGUGGGAAAACUUGUUGGAAGAUCUGUCAAGUUCAAGAUUUAGGCAAUUCAUUCAAAAGAUAUGUCUGUUUCACCACCUAGAAUCGAUUGAUAAGCUUAUUGUGGAGUUUGUGAGUGAUUUCAGAGCUCAUGAAGACGUUUUCAGUGUGCGUGUGAAUGUUAUUUCUGUCAAAGAAGAUGGCAUUGCAAAGGCCACUGGGUUAACUCUUGAGGAUUUGGAAGUAGGGUUUUGGGAUGCCUGUAUGAAGGAGUUGGAUGUGGGUAUGGGAAUGGAGCUCAGUCACCAGAGGUGGUGUCCUGGCAAGUUGGCUUCUGCAGGUAUUACAGGUAAAAGGGCAUGUUUGCAGUUUACUGUGGAUUGUAAAGAUAAGACUGGGAAGGCUGUGUUGUCAUUAGCAAUGCAGCAUUUGUCAGGGAUUAAUGGUACAACUUGUAAUGUAAAGGAGUGUAUAGAUAGCAUCGAUGGGUUUAUAGCUAGGGUAAAUACAAAAUGGCCCAGAUUUGUGGCACAGAGAAUGGCCUUUGCAUUUCCCAGGCUGCAGAAGAGGCUGUCUGAUUUUGUUACAUAUGAUUCUGUUAUUGCCAUGCUUCUGCUGCAUCAGGCCCCUGGACUAGUAAAGAAGACUGAAAUUAAUAGUGGGUGUUGUAUGCAACAAGAAGAAGAAGAAUUAAAAUGUAUAGGUAAUUCUAGUGGGAGGAACAUAAAUGUUGUAGAAAAUGCAUCUGGGAUGAGCUUAAAUGAUUUAGGAAAUGCCUGUUGGAACAAGGCACAGGAGCCCUUAAUAGAGGUGAUGAUUGAAGUGGGAGAUCACAGUGUCUAUUGGGAGGAGGCAAUUGAAGGAUCAAAAGAUGUGAAUUUUGAAGUAGAAAGGGUGCAGAAAUUUGAGAUGAAUGCAUGUCAGAAGCGUGGAGAAGGCCUUGACUUAAAGAAGACUAGUUAUGUUUUGGCCAUCCAGACCCCUGGGAUUACACAGAGAUGCUUACGAGGGUCACCAUCGCGUAAAUUCUGUUGCUCACAAUGUCCUCCUCAGAAGGAAACCUUGAAGAAAUCUAAAAUGUGUGGGGAAAGGCUUAGGAGAGGCCAAGUUGGGGAACUAACCGAGAUACCAUGUAGGAAAUCCAGAAGAGAAGAGUAUGAAGUUCGCUCAGAAUCUACUAUUCGCACUGAUUGCAGGCACCGAGCUCAAUCAGCUGCCCAAAAGAGAAAAUCACGGUCUAUAACUGAAUUGCUCGUAGACAAAAAACCCAAACCUAAUCCACCUGAAAAUUUUAUGGAAGAAAGGAAUACCAAACUAAGUGAAGAUCUAUCAUCUGGCACUAAGGCAUACAAUUCUUAUGCAGGACCUUUAGAAAUGGAACAUAUUCAGAAGGCAGGUGAAGCUAAUUUAGAUGUUCUGAAUGGCUACGCGAAAAAAGGUCAUCGGUGUAGAGGUCAUCAGGAAUCACUGAUGCAGGCAAAAGCAAAACUCGAAGAAUUGGAGAGUACAUUAACAGAGUAUCUACUAAAAAUGAAGGAAUCUAAGGAUCUUCACAAUCAAAAGGAUGAUCAAUUGAAGGAGAUGGAGGCUCAGUUUAAUCUGACAAAAGCUGAACUAAAUUCUAAAGUAAAGGAGAACACCAGAAUACUAAAAGAAUUGCAUGAAAUUAAACUAGAUUUGAGCCAAAAAGAAAGCGCAUGGAAAAUCAUCAAUGAAAAGAUUACUACAGUUAAAGAGGAACUCGAACAUUGGAUCAUGCAGAAAACCAUCCAAUCAAUUGAAGCUGCCAUAAAUACACAGAAUUGUUACAAGCAAAAAGAUGAUAAGAUAAAAGGUCUGCAAGCACAAUUGAUUCAGUCCAAAGUACAAAUCAAAAGUGCAGUUGAUGAGAAAAAAAAUAUGUCAGUGCAGCUACAGAAGAUGAAAGAAUCCCUGGAUUAUCACAUGGAAACGGCUGGCAGGUUAGGUGAUCUGGAGAUUCAGUUGAUGUUAGAAACACGUAAAAUAAAAUCUCUUAGUGACGAAAACAAGAAAUUGUCCGAGGAGCUGAAAGAGACAAAAGAUGAUUUGAACAGAAAAGAGGUCGCUUGGAAGAAAUCGAAUGAGAAACUAGUACAUUCCAUCAAGUCUAUAAUGGAGAACGAUUUUUCUGAACACACACACUUGGAGCAGGCAGCCAUUUUGGAGCAGAAACCUGAAUAUGCUAAUUUUCUAGAGUGCUCUUUCAAUGCACUGAAGCUACAAAUAGAUAAUCUCAUGGAAAAAUGUGUGAAUUCAUUUAUAUUUGGAGAAACCACUUAUCAAAAUUGUGAGAAUGAUCUCGACGUUAUCUGUUCCAUCUGUAUGGAACCAUGGAAUUCCAAUGGCGAGCAUCAAAUCUGCUCCCUUGCCUGUGGACAUUAUUUUGGCAGGUCAUGCAUUAGAAAAUGGCUAGAGCAGAAUCGUGUGACAAAUUCUCGAAAGAGAUAUGAUGGGUACUUGAAUAUCGCCACACAGAGGCAAGUCCUGUGCGGAAUACUGAAAAUGAAGAUGUCAUCACUGCAACUGCAAUAAUAAUCCAGCGUUUCAAAGAAAAGAGUACUGAACUUAUGGCAUAGGGUUUACCUAGCCGUAGUAUAGAGAGGCUGCAUUGUCGGGUCCCAGAUAGGGUCAGAGUCACAUAAGCAACAGCAAUCUGGGUAGAAAGAGUGGAGUUAUAGACUACAACUCAUAAUGGAAUCAGGUUAUAAAGCUACGGUCUCAUGGAGCUUGCGAAUUAAUUUUAUUGGAAAAUUUUGUUGAUAUUUAUGUAUUGGUGCAUUUUAGACGCUGGAUUAUGGGGGUGGGAUAGCUACCUAAGUAUUUUAAUUUGGAGU